GUCGGGGGCUCGCUCACCCCGCGGGCGGAGCAGCCGGCGCGGGCCCGGGCCCGGGAUCCUCCUCCCGCUCCCGACGCGCCGCUCCGACGUCAGGCGCGGGAGCGGGAGGCAGCGCCCAGCGCCGCCGUUCCCAGAGACUCGGCGGCCGCCGGACGGGGCGGACGUCGGGGCGGCGACUCCCGGCGCGGCGCGGCUCCCGGCAGGGAGGUGGAGAGGAGGGCGCUAUGGCCGACGUGUUCCCCGGCUCGGAGCCCGGCGCGGCUCCGGACGCGGCGCGGCGCUUCGCUCGCAAGGGGGCCCUGAGGCAGAAGAACGUGCACGAGGUGAAGGAGCACAAAUUCAUCGCGCGCUUCUUCAAGCAGCCCACCUUCUGCAGCCACUGCACCGACUUCAUCUGGGGAUUUGGGAAACAAGGAUUUCAGUGCCAAGUUUGCUGCUUUGUGGUUCAUAAGAGAUGCCAUGAGUUCGUUACCUUCUCGUGUCCUGGGGCCGACAAGGGACCUGACACUGAUGAUCCCAGAAGCAAGCACAAAUUUAAGAUCCACACAUAUGGGAGCCCAACCUUUUGUGACCACUGUGGGUCACUGCUCUAUGGGCUUCUGCACCAAGGGAUGAAAUGUGACACUUGUGAUAUGAAUGUUCAUAAGCAAUGCGUAAUAAAUGUCCCAAGCCUCUGUGGCAUGGAUCACACAGAGAAGAGAGGAAGGAUUUAUCUGAAAGCUGAAGUCACUGGUGACAAACUGGAAGUAACAGUGCGAGAAGCAAAAAACCUAAUUCCCAUGGAUCCAAAUGGACUUUCAGAUCCUUAUGUUAAACUCAAGCUCAUCCCAGAUCCUAAGAAUGAAAGUAAACAAAAAACAAAAACCAUCCGUUCUACUCUGAAUCCAGACUGGAAUGAGUCCUUCACAUUUAAAUUAAAACCUACAGACAAAGAUCGACGGUUAUCCGUAGAGGUCUGGGACUGGGAUCGAACAACCAGAAAUGAUUUCAUGGGAUCUCUUUCAUUUGGGGUGUCAGAGCUUAUGAAAAUGCCAGCCAGUGGAUGGUACAAGCUGCUGAAUCAAGAAGAAGGUGAAUAUUAUAAUGUUCCAAUUCCAGAUGCUGAUGAAGAUGGAAAUGCAGAGCUCCGGCAGAAGUUUGAGAAAGCCAAACUUGGGCCAGCUGGUAACAAAGUCAUUACUCCAACAGAAGACAAGAACUCAAGUGUGCCAUCCAACAAUCUGGACAGGGUGAAGCUGACAGAUUUCAACUUUCUCAUGGUUCUUGGAAAGGGGAGCUUCGGGAAGGUGAUGCUAGCAGACAGGAAGGGGACGGAGGAGCUCUAUGCAAUCAAAAUACUGAAAAAAGAUGUGGUGAUUCAGGAUGAUGAUGUUGAAUGUACAAUGGUUGAAAAACGAGUCCUGGCAUUGCAAGAUAAACCACCAUUCCUGACACAGCUUCACUCUUGUUUCCAAACAGUUGACCGACUGUAUUUUGUUAUGGAGUAUGUGAAUGGUGGUGAUCUCAUGUAUCAUAUUCAGCAAGUAGGAAAAUUUAAGGAGCCGCAAGCAGUGUUCUAUGCAGCUGAGAUCUCAGUUGGGUUAUUCUUUCUCCAUAACAGAGGGAUUAUUUAUAGAGAUCUGAAAUUAGAUAAUGUGAUGUUGGAUUCAGAAGGACACAUCAAAAUUGCUGAUUUUGGAAUGUGCAAAGAGCAUAUGUUAGAUGGAGUAACAACCAGGACCUUCUGUGGCACUCCAGACUACAUUGCACCAGAGAUUAUUGCUUACCAGCCCUAUGGGAAAUCUGUGGAUUGGUGGGCGUAUGGAGUGCUGCUCUAUGAGAUGUUAGCUGGCCAGCCUCCAUUUGAUGGAGAAGAUGAAGACGAACUUUUCCAGUCCAUAAUGGAGCAUAACGUUUCCUAUCCAAAAUCACUGUCCAAAGAAGCUGUCUCCAUCUGCAAGGGGCUAAUGACUAAACAUCCUGCAAAACGCCUUGGCUGUGGCCUUGAAGGUGAAAGAGACAUCAGGGAGCAUGCUUUCUUCAGGAGAAUUGACUGGGAAAAACUGGAAAACAGAGAGAUUCAGCCACCUUUCAAACCUAAAGUGUGUGGCAAAGGUGCGGAAAACUUCGAUAAAUUCUUCACACGAGGACAACCGGUGUUAACACCUCCGGAUCAGCUGGUCAUUGCUAACUUAGACCAAACAGAUUUUGAAGGCUUCUCUUACGUCAACCCCCAGCAAUACUGCCGAUGGCGCCGUCCUUCCAGAGAUUCGUGUGCUCCUCUCUUGGCCUUCCACGGCAUCCAGUGGAACCGCUGCGUGCUUAGGGCUCGCUGCGUGCUUCGUGCGUUGUUGGAGCCACGACGGGGGCACCCAGCACCUGGCAGCGCUAAGCCUGCGAGCCCCAGUUCAGCAAAAACAUUCAGUAGGUGCCUGCGCCCGGUGCCGUUCAGCAGAGCAGGGCCGUUUGGGCUUACCUUAGAGCAGCACAGCUUCACAUCCCGUAGAGGUCGGUCGAGCUUGCAGUCGGAUGCCUUGCUGACUCGGGGCAGAAAAAAAUGUUCUUGCAGAGAUAAUACGAACCCGAUCGGUGGCUUGUUCCCCACAGGCCUUUCAUUUAUUCUCUCGUGCUAUUAAAAUGAAUGUAAGAAAAACAACUUCAAGAAAACGAAGCUCGUUGCCUCUUUUAGAAUUGUGCGUUUCCCAACACGUGUGUGACUGCACGACAAUACAGAGCACACCCGAAACUUUUAAAAUGAUUGCAUGUUAUUUUAAUGUUAUCUUUUCUUAAACGAGGAGUAAUCCCUCCUUGAACUCAUUCAUAUUUUUAAUAUUAUUUUAAGACCCAGAUUUUGUAUUUAUGAAGAGGAGAGCAUUAUUUAUUUUCUUAUCAUUUAUCUGCAAGAUGCUACCAGAAAAUUCAGAGAGGCCAUUCAUUUUUAAAAAAAAAUACAAAUCAUUGGAAGUGUAGUGGGCAAGACUGAUGUAUAAAUUACAGCAUCUUUCUUUUCUUAAUUCUCAAUAUCUUCAAUCUUUGUUUGCAUGAAAUGCUUUUGUUAAAUAUUAAUUGUAGUUUCAAAGCAAGUGUGUAUGAAUAAAAAUACUGAUCAUCA